AGGACGUAACUGAAAGGAAACCAAGAAAGCAAACGGUUCGACCGCGGAAUCGAUUGGGAGGAGACGAGGCAUGGCAGCGAUGCAGCUCACGCUCUCCUCCUCCUAAGACCGGCCGCGGAAGCAGCAGCUUGGAGAGACGACGAUCUUCCUGCCUCUGCCCCUAACCCUAACCCUAACCCUGAGCCUUGGUUCUGGAAUCUCAAGUGCCACCCCUUGGGAUCUCUCCGGAGAUGCGUGUCGGUUGCCUUCGCCGGCUCUGAGGGGGGAUGAGGCGGAGACCGUUCGAUCUCCGUCGGCCGGCGAGGCGGGGAUGGAUUUCCGGCGUCUGGAUGUGGCUGGUGGCCGGCGGCUUUGGGGUGCUCCUGCUCCUCGUGAUGCUCAGUCGCGAGAAGCUACCGAGAUCCGCGCUGCCGUUGAUCCGCCAGAAAUUUCACCACACUAGCCUUAUUGAAGGUCUGAACAUUACAGAUGAAAUGCUGAGUCCGCAUUCAUUCACAAGGCAGAUGGUAGACCAAAUAUCUCUUGCAAAGGCUUUGGUUAUCAUCUCUAAAGAUAGCAAUAAUCUCCAGUUUGCAGCUGAGCUUAGUGCCCAAAUCCGGAAAUGUCAAGCUCUUCUGUCCAAGUCUGCAACAAUGGCGACCCCAUUAACCACAGAAGAAUGGGAAACAGCAAUUCAUGAUAUGGCUCUCCUCCUCUACCAAGCCCAGGAACUCCAUUAUGACAGUGCAACCAUGAUUAUGAAGAUGAAAGGUCAGUUCGAGUCUCUGAAUGAGAAGAUGAAAUCGGAGGCUGAAAAGAACACCAAGUAUGGGCAGAUAGCUGCUGAAGAACUUCCAAAAGGCCUCUAUUGUCUUGGUAUCAGGCUCACCAUGGAAUGGUUUGGGAAUCCAAAUCUUCAGAGAGACUUGUUGGAACGGAAGCACAGUUUGGAGAAGCUGAGAGACAAUAAUCUCUAUCAUUAUUGUAUCUUCUCUGACAACGUCCUUGCUACAUCAGUUGUGGUUAACUCUACCAGUAUGAACUCGAAGAAUCCAGAUAAGAUUGUGUUCCACCUGGUCACAGAUGAGGUGAAUUAUGCUCCCAUGAAGGCCUGGUACUCCAUGAACAAUUUUCGAGGUGCAACCAUCGAGGUCCAGAAGGUGGAGGACUUUAGCUGGCUCAAUGCCUCAUAUGUACCAGUUCUAAAGCAGCUUCAGAACUCUGAAACACAGAACUUCUACUUUUCUGGAACUGGUGAUAACCGGACACCUAUUAAGUUUAGGAACCCAAAGUACUUAUCAAUGCUAAACCACCUGCGGUUCUAUAUCCCAGAAGUCUAUCCAGCGUUGCAAAAGGUCGUGUUUCUCGAUGAUGAUGUAGUAGUCCAGAAGGAUCUCUCAAAGUUGUUUACAAUUGACCUUAAUGGAAAUGUGAUGGGUGCUGUUGAGACUUGCAUGGAGACGUUCCACAGGUUCCAUAAAUAUCUGAACUACUCCCAUCCCCUGAUACGUGCACAUUUUGAUCCUGAUGCAUGUGGGUGGGCAUUUGGAAUGAACGUCCUUGAUUUGGGGGAGUGGCGAAAGAAGAACGUAACCGGCAUAUAUCACUACUGGCAGGAGCAUAAUGCUGACCACACCCUCUGGAAGCUUGGAACAUUGCCUCCUGGACUUCUGGCCUUCUAUGGGCUGGUUGAGAAGUUGGAUGCCAAUUGGCAUGUCCUAGGAUUGGGGUAUACGAACGUUGACCCAUUGCUCAUAAAAAAUGGUGCAGUAUUGCACUAUAAUGGGAACAUGAAACCAUGGCUGAAGAUUGGCAUGGAGAAGUACAAGGGUUUGUGGGAUAAGUAUGUGGACUACUCGCACCCUUUGUUGCAACAAUGCUUCAUGCAUGGAUAGACAAAUGUGGGGCCAGUAUAACUGUUGUUUGUGCAAUUUAUCAGGUUGGCAGAAUCCGUAGAACAGCCAGUGCCUGCUGCAACAUGUAAAAUUCUUGAGGAAACCAUAGACUUUAGAUAUACAUUGUUUCUUUUUGAGAAAUUUUCAGUUUCAUCCUGCUAGGUUCAAGAUGUGGUUACUGGUUAGUGUCGGUUGUGUUGUAGGCCAGUUGAACCCCUUAAUUCAAUUCAUCUCAUGGCUCCAUCUUUUGAAAGAUAUAUUGUUCUUUGUACUAAGACGAGAUUGUUAUAAUGAAGGAAUUUGUAGUAGAUAUAUUA